AUAAGAGUAAAAGGAAUUGUUACUGGCACACAGGCCCUCAUGAAGGGUGGCAGCUCAAGCCCUCAUACUUGGUGAUACAGUUGGUCUUACCCAAGCUAGUGUCAGUAGAAUUAUUAGAGAUGUGACCCAAAUUCUCACAGAAAGGGCAAGAUUUGAAAUAAAGAUGCCAACAGGUAAUGUACAAAUAGCAAGAACUGUGCAAGGUUUUGCCAGAAUAAGAAACCUUCCAAGAGUCAUUGGUGCAAUUGAUGGAACACACAUACCCAUAAAAGCCCCAAUUGAAAAUGAAGGAACAUAUGUAAACAGGAAGCGAUACCACUCUCUCAAUGUACAAGUAGUAUGUAAUGCCGAUGGGUUGAUCACAAACUACAGCACCAAGUAUUCAGGUUGUAAACAUGACGCCUUCAUCUGGGCCAACUGCUUACUUCGCCGUCGCUUUGAGGCUGGUGAUUUUGGUGAUAAUUAUUUGAUUGGUGACAGUGGGUACCCAUUAGAGGCAUUCCUCAUGACACCAUUCAAAAACCCCUCAACCCCUGGAGAAGUUAGGUAUAACAACAGCCAUACCAAAACCCGCGUAGUUGUAGAGCAAACUUUUGGUGUCCUAAAAUCACGAUUUAGAUGCCUUCACCGUUCUGGUGGAUCACUUCAAUACGAUCCUUCCAAAUGUGCCAAAAUUGUAAAUGCAUGUUUCCUUCUUCACAAUUAUUGUUUAAUGAGAAGGGUACCACUUCCCCACGACAUGGUCGACGAUGAUGGAGAGAUUGACAAUCCAGCUGAAGCUGUAGCAGGGACAGGCCAAGCAGUCAGAGCCAAUGUAGUCCAUAAUUGGUUUACUGGAUGAAUUAAAAUCAAAUAUCAAUUCACCAAUACAUUUUUCCUCUGUUUAAAUAGUAUUUUUUAGUGCAGUAUACAGAGGUAAUGCGAAUAAAGCGUACAUUGAUUUAACUUUUAUUUUCAAUAUACUGUACAUAAUAAAAUAAACUUCUUUAUAGAAAUUAAA